AUGGAAGUACAACCACAAUCAAGGCCCUCAGUCUCCGGCAAUACGAGGGUGCUAAGAAUCCCCGGAGGUAAAACUAAACAAACUUUAAACAUUGGAACAUGGAAUACUAGAAGCUUGUAUGAAGCAGGAAAAUUAGCUAACACGAUUUUAGAAAUGAAGAAACACAAUAUUGAUAUACUCGGCGUAAGCGAAACAUGGUGGCCUGACUGCGGAGAAUUCUUUUCUCAAAACACAAAGAUUUAUUACUUCGGCAACCAAAGCAAACAUCAUCGUAAUGGAAUAGGCAUACUAAUGAAAAAGAAUAUUGCAAAAUUUGUCACUGGAUUCAUUUCCACAUCCGAUAGGGUUAUGAUGGUGAAAAUAAAUGCCAAACCACUUAAUAUAAAUAUUAUUCAAGUAUAUGCUCCAACUGCUGACAAAAGCGAGGAAAUAGAAUCUUUUUAUGCUGAAUUAAAUGAACUUAUGCGACUGACCAAAUCACAUGAAACAAACAUUAUUCAAGGAGACUUUAAUGCAAAGGUUGGAAGAGGAGAAGUUCAAGGAGUUGUGGGCCAGUAUGGACUAGGUGAAAGAAAUGAUAAAGGAGAUCGACUAAUACAAUUCUGUCAAGAAUAUAAACUAAAGAUUUCAAACACUUUGUUCAAUCUACCACCUCGUAGACUAUAUACGUGGAAAUCUCCAUCUGAUACUCCUGAUAACAUUAUCAGAAAUCAAAUAGACUUCAUCCUAAUUAAUGAUCGUUUUUGCUCUUCAGUUAAGAAAGUUACAACUUACCCAGGCGCAGAUGUACCAUCUGAUCAGAAUCUUCUAAUGGCGAAAAUUUGCAUAAGAUUAGCAUCAAAUCGCAAAAAGAAACCAAAGCUUAAACUCAACUUAGAAAAACUACGAAAAGAUGACAUAAAAUGUUCAUUAAAAAAUAAUCGCAUUAGUAAUAUUGAUUCUAGGAAUCCAAAUAAUAUAUGGGAACAACGAUAUAUGGGACAACGAUUACAUCUUCAUCAAAAGAAACUCUUGGAUCAUAUAGGAAAGAAAUAA